CUGUUAACAUAAACAAUGGUAAUUCUCUUUUUCGCAGGAGGCAUCUUAGUGUUUCAUACAAAAGAUGGACAAGCGAUAGAGGAGACGAUAACAGUGACACACACAGAAGAAGAUAUUGGGCUAAAAGACGGCACGCGUAUCGUGUAUGAUUUCAGUAAGGGAUUUAUGACCAUGAAGAUCACUGAAGAUGGAGAAGAUAUCUGUUACAUAACACCGUUUGAGAGAAAACAUGUGCAUGCACCAUCGGCCGAGGAGUUCAACUCAAUGAUCCAAGAAAAUGUCAGCAUCUCCGAACAAAUGGAUUUCUAUGUUGAUAAAUCUAGUACCGUGAAUCCUUCCGUGUUGUCUGAAAGAUCACUUGGAAUGUGUGCCGGAAGCAAUAUCUAUUGGAUGUCGACAGCAAUUAAAGGAGGCCAAAUAGAGCGACAGAGGCGAGGUUGCAGAAGAGUUUGUAGGUUCUACUGUAAUUGCUGCCCACGUGAUUGUGGUUUGAGAUGUGGCCUUGAGUGUUCGUGGUAAACAACAUUUCAACAUAAGACGUACGUGUCAUAGACAAUUUUUGACCAAAUAAUUGUAGACUGUGCUUGACACACGGAUCUAUUAUUUACUCUAGAUCCGGUUGUAAUAAUUAACAAAACAUGUAAAUGAACAAAUUUUGUUAUUCAGAAGUUUACCACAGGUGUUAACUAUUAAACCAUGAAAUUUA